GUCAAGUCCUUUCACACAGAAAGUUAAUACAACUAAUUUCCAGCUGCGUCCUGUCGAGCUCUGAGCGGUUGCUGGGAGAUGAUGUUUGCAGAGUGCAGAGAACAAAGCAAAUUAAAUUUCCGCUGCUGAUGGUGAGACAGACGUUCAUGCAGAUUAACUGCAGCUCUGUGACUCUGAUCAAACACUCUGCUUCCAGGAGGCGUAACACGCUGCCGGAGCGCUGCAGCUCCACAGAGGACACAAGCUCCGGGAUGGAGAGCCUGGAUCUUCAGGUGUGACUGAGAGUCUCAGAGUCGGUCCCUGCGAACGCCAUCAUGCGGUGCAGUCACGUGCUGCUGUCCGUCUACAUCCUCACCUUCCUGAUGGGCGUUCCCGCCAACAUCCUGGCAUUCUGCACCUUCUGCCGCAAGGUGCACCGGAGGGCGACCCCAAUAGACAUCCUGCUCCUCAACCUCACCAUCUCCGACCUCAUCUUCCUCGCCUUCCUGCCCUUUAAGAUGAAGGAGGCGUCGGACGACAUGGCCUGGCUGCUGCCCUUCCCCCUCUGUCCCUUCACGGGCUUCCUGUUCUACGUCACCAUCUACAACAGCACCCUGCUGCUCACAGCUGUGAGCGUGGAGCGUUACCUGGGGGUGGCGUUCCCCCUCAGGUACUCCCUGUGUCGCAGGCCUCGCUACGCCGUGCUGGCCAGCCUCAUGUUCUGGGUGGUGACCUCCCUGAACCUCAGCAUCGUCUACAUCAUCCCCUACGCCCAGUGGAGAAAAGGUGCAGACGGUGACAGCAACACCAGCAGAAGCAGCCCCGCCCCUCCUCCACCCACCUGCUACCUGAAUUUCACUGAGGACGAGUUGAAGAUCGUGCUGCCGGUCCGCUUGGAGCUCUUCCUCGUCCUCUUCUGCAUCCCCUUCUUCAUCUGCUGCUUCUGCUACAUCAACUUCAUCCUCAUCCUCUCACGUCUUCCAAACAUCGGCCGGCGGCGGAGGCUGCGUGCCAUAGGCCUGGCGCUCGGCACGCUGAUGGUGUUCGCCGUCUGCUUUGGGCCUUACAACGCCUCCCACGUGGUGGGGUUUGUGCGGAAGGAGAGCGAGGAGUGGAGGAACAUGGCGCUGCUCUCCAGCACCUUCAACGCCUGCCUGGAUCCAUUCAUCUUCUACUUCUCCUCAGCAGCCGUCAGGAGCAUGUUGAACCACUGCUGCAGGAGCAUCAUGGCGAAGCUGCACAUCCUGAGGUGUGGGGGGGCUCCUCACCGCUCUCACCAGAGACCCCCCAAGACUGACAAGUACAAGGAAGCAGCCCCUCCUUGAAAGAAGACAUUAUACAAAUGAGUUUUUGAGGGAGCGUCUGUUGUAUCCCUCCAACACUCAGACUAGUUCCAUGUUACAUCCUGUUUAUCCAGAGUCAAAGAAUUGAACCAUUUGUGUAAAAUUUUGUCAUAAUCGCUCUGAAGUCUUGAGUAAAGGCUAAAAAGUGUUUUGUGAGAUCACACUGACCUUUGACCUUUAGCCACCAAAAUCGAAUCAGUUCGUCUUUGAGUUUGAGUGAAUGUUUGUGCCAAAUUUGAAGAAGUUCAUGUCGAGGUGUUACUGAGAUAUCGUGUCCACGAGAACGAGACGCAUGGACGGGCAACCUGAAAACAAAAUGGCCGCUGCUCUGACUGUCGCUGGCGCUGAGGAAUAAAAAAAAAAAAAAGUUCAGGAGAAAUUUGAGAUAAACCAAUCACUGUCCUAGUCUCACAUUUAGCGGGAUUGGCAUUGUUUCACUCUGGAAAAAGUGCAUGCUGGGAAGUCUGCUAAUACGCCGGUAGUGUUUUUUAGAAACUUAAUUUAAUGAGACGUUCAUUCAGUCAACUCCUCAUUUCAAGAUGGAGGAACUCGUGUUUAUAAGUUCUGAAGUGGUCUGAAAAUAAAACCUGGAAAUGUAACUUCAAUUAACUUGAUGUUGAUAAAAACGUAAAUGUUAAUUUUAAGAAAUUAUUAGUUAAUUCCACAAAAUUUCUGCUUAUAAUUCAUCUUUAUAUUUCUCUACAGUUACAAACCACAGUGUGAGUUCUGCGCUGUCUGACCUUUGGUUCAGAUGAAACAGGAAACUGUCCCUUCAUACGUUCAGUUUCCUGUUAAACACACGUUUCUGUGACUCAGAGAAAAAACCAGGACACUGUUUAAUCACAGAUGAGAGUUUUACAGGUGUGACGGAUGAAGCAAUUAAACCCAGGGGAUGUUAGAGUACAUAAGCAGGAAGUGGAGACUGAACACUGUCAAGUUAAUAUGGAGUCAUAAGCACAGACAACAGGAAGAGUAAACACAGAGAUUACACAGCGCUGUGGUGAAGAGCAGUUAUACAGUGAGUCUGUUUCUGGUCUGAGCGACUUCAAACAGGGUCGACUGAUAUGAUAACCGCCCUCCCGCCAUUUCCUGUCAGUAAUAACGGAGGCAGCGCUCCUCUGCAGGUGGAGUGCACGUAGAUAACAUCCUUUAUAGUGUCCUGUUGUGUGCUGCAGGGACAUCAGCUCAGCAGUGCGUGUUCGUUUAUUAGUUCAGUGUGUACAGUUUAUAAGACGUUUAAUGAAGCUGUUGACUGUUGGCUGCAGCUGAUGUUGUUGUGAUGUGGUGUAAUAAGAUCAUUCAGCUGAAUGUUUAAUAUUAGGCUUAUUGCUUUCCGGUCGAACCAUAUGAUGAUACACAAUUCACACACUGUAUUUAUGAGUCCUAUAAUAAUUUGAUUUAAUAACUUUUUUAUCAGUGUUAGAUGAUGGUGACAUGUUGUUCAGUCUUCAGCUGCAACUCUAAAACCCCCGGAUGCUGUCGACCGCUCUGCUCUCAGGUUCAUUACUGCUGAUGCCUGUAACAAGGUUGGAUGAGGCCGGAUUUUAUGUAUUUAUUUAUAAGGCCCUUAUUUAAAAUCUGCUUGUGGUUGCUUUUUUUUACACCGUCCACCUUUAACUCACUAAAAAGCAGUUUAAAAAUGAAUUUGUUGGUAGAUUUUUAGUCUCUGACCUUUGACCUUGAUUCUUGUUUUAAUUAGAUGUCCUAUUUUAACUGGUGUUUUUAUCUGCUCGACCUCAUUGUAAAUGAGGGCUUUACCUUCAGUGAUUUUCGAGUUUAAAUAAAGACAUAUAAAUAAUUUCUGAAAUGUAACUGUAAUUAUUGGGUCACAACAGUGACAGUAAGACAGCUUGACUUAAAAUGGAAACAAUGGCACUGUAAAAGUGAAAAAGUUGUAUUGGCACUGAAAAAUGUUCCACUGAAAAAUAAAACA